CCAAAAAACAAGAACAGAUCUGUGUUCAACUUUUUCCUCAUAAAUAAAUAAAUACCCUUACCCUACCUUCUUCUUCAACUUGUCUCUUCACCCUCCUUCUAUCUUUCUGUGCUUCAAUUCUCUCUUCCACAGAUGGGCGUUGCCGUUCUUUACCCUCAAGAUUCUCUCCCACACAAACCAUCUACUCAUUACCAGACCAUAAUCCCUCACUUUCCCAGCAUGAACCCCAAGUCUCAUCGGACUUCCCGAAACCGUAAGAAGCGGCCCGUUCCCGGCCCAGCUCGGCCCACAACAUCCUCGAAAUCCCAAGUCAACAACAAGCCGCCGCAGCAGCUUGUCAUGGGUCAGGUCAAAAUACUCAAACGCGGCGAACUGCUGUCCCAAACGACGCCGGAUCCACAGCCGCAGACGGAAUCCGUCGAGAAGAAGACGGAAACCGUUGUAAAAAAGGGCUUAACUUCAACUGUAGAGGGUUUGUAUGCAGGCUAUUCGAUGUUGGUGAUGUCUCCACCUCCUAGCUCCGUUCCGUUACCGGCUUUCAUCACUAAGAAGUUCGCGGCCCUGAGUGAGGCCACAAGUGACUUACGGGAAAUGCUGCGACUUGAUUUUCCCUAAACCUGUGUCGGUUUGUGAAUGAACGAGGAUUUGAACGGAGGUUGUUGGUGAUUGGGGUGCUGUAGUGCUUGAUCUUCUCUUAUUUUUUCAGCGGGAAGGUCGAGUCAGGAGUGCAAAUCUCUUAUUGCUUAGCACUUUCUUCAGAUUGCCGUACAUACAUGCUACUGUUGGAAUUAGGGUUCAUACUUUUAGAUUCCUUACUUUGUGAUGCUAAUUAUUACUUUAAUGGAAUGGGCUUCUGUAUAUCUGUCUAAUGCUUUGUAAGUAUUUAGGAUAUAGAAGCACUUUCCUCCUCUCUCAACUAUGUAUUUUUAUGUCUUUUAUUAGCAUUUGUAUUUACGACUUUAUCUUUUAAUUAAUGGAAUAUGGAAUACAAGGAAGAAAGUAGUUUAUGAUUUUA